AGCCUGGGCCACACAAGUGAAACUGUCUAAAAAAAAAAAAAAAAAAAAAAGCCAUGUUGGGCAGAUCUAGACUGCUGGACCGACAGCAGAGGGCAGACAGGCAUCCCCUCUGAUCUCCCCAGUUCCACCAGCACUGGCACAGCCUCAGCCCAGGGCGUCAUCAAUGAAGCUCUCCCUGACUCUGCGCAGACAGAGCUUCCUCCGGCCACCCUCACUCAGCCAGAAUUGUGUGCUGCUGGUGACUGGCACCCCCCUAUUCUAGGGCCAAGGCCUCUCAGGGGUCUACAAAUACAAAAAUGGGUGGGGGCACACCCUUGCUACAAACCACACUAAAUGCAUAAUGACUGCCUGCAGGUUUGGGGGGCAGGGAACAGCUCUGGGCAGGAGGUUGGAAAUUUGGUCUGGGGGAUCAACUCAUGAAUUUUCUCUGCAUCCCUUCCCUCCCUCCCUCAGCCCACAGUGAGUCUGGCUUCUGAGUUGUCCCAGCCUGGCCACUUUCAUUUCCCCUGUGGUUGGGUGGCCGCUGGGGCAGAAAGCGGAACUAAGCCCCCAUGUUCUGAGGCCGGGGCAGGGCUGGAGGGUUCUGAACACCUCCCUGUCCCGGCCCCAGGGCCAGGCCAGGGCCUGCCUUACCUCUCUUGGGACCUUGGCAGCCAAGCUGGGCUCUGAGGGAGGCCUGCGAGGCAAGAUGCUAACAGCUCAGAGAGAGCACUAGGCAGAUGCAACCCCAAAAGGUACUGGGCAGUGAAUUUCAGGGGAAACUGAGGCUCUGUGCUGCAAGGUCCAAGCAGGCCGGGAAAGACAGAGGGAAUUCAGCUCAAAUCUUUGCUUCUUACUUGCUGAGCAACACAUUCACCUCUGAUGGGCUGUGCUGUAUAAUGGCCCAGUUCUGUCUUCCACGCUGGGGUCUCCAAUGAAAAGCCAAGGGCAUGGGUAAGGGGAGGAGAGAGGGACAGAAGGGGGCUCAGGACUGUGGAGUGUUUCCAGCUCUGGGCAGAUGGAGGGGAGGAGGCAGGGUCCCACCUGCCUGACUCCAGGGAGGCAGCGAGGCUGUGGCCUGGGAGGCAGGACUCCAGCCCCUUUGUAGGUAGUGGUUAGAGCUGUGGCCUCUGCUUCCUGCAUCCUUCCUAACAGGCUCUGGCAGGUGUUAGGGCCUUCCUAAGUGCUGCACGAAUGCACAUCCACUGGGAGGAGAAGGGGUGGACCAGGAAUCUAGGAGAUGAAGGGCCCUAGAGAGGUAACAUCUCAGUUUGGUGGCUGCUGUCAUUGGAGACCCCUCUGCCAUGAACCAGUCCAUCCCAGGGGCUCCCACCCCGCCCCGCCGCGUGCGGCUGAAGCCCUGGCUGGUGGCCCAGGUGAACAGCUGCCAGUACCCAGGGCUUCAGUGGGUCAACGGGGAAAAGAAAUUCUUCUACAUCCCCUGGAGGCAUGCCACAAGGCAUGGUCCCAGCCAGGACGGAGAUAACACCAUCUUCAAGGCCUGGGCCAAGGAGACAGGGAAAUACACUGAAGGGGUGGAUGAAGCCGAUCCAGCCAAGUGGAAGGCCAACCUGCGCUGCGCCCUUAACAAGAGCCGAGACUUCCGCCUCAUCUACGACGGGCCCCGGGACAUGCCACCUCAGCCCUACAAGAUCUACGAGGUCUGCUCCAAUGGCCCUGCUCCCACAGAGUCCCAGCCCCCUGAGGAUUACUCUAUUCCAGGAGAGGAGGAGGAGGAGGAAGAGGAAGAGCUGCAGAGGAUGUUGCCAAGUCUGAGCCUCACAGAUGCAGUGCCGCCAGGCCCCGCCAUGGCACCCUAUUCUUUACCCAAAGAGGAUGUCAAGUGGCCACCCACUCUGCAGCCGCCCACUCUGCAACCACCCGUGGUGCUGGGUCCCCCUGCUCCGGACCCCAGUCCCCUGGCUCCUCCCCUUGGCAACCCUGCUGGCUUCAGGGAGCUUCUCCCUGAGGUCCUGGAGCCUGGGCCCCUGGCUGCCAGCCUGCCCCCUGCAGGCGAACAGCUCCUGCCCGACCUGCUGAUCAGCCCCCACAUGCUGCCUCUGACCGACCUGGAGAUCAAGUUCCAAUACCGGGGGCGGCCACCCCGAGCCCUCACCAUCAGCAACCCCCACGGCUGCCGGCUCUUCUACAGCCAGCUGGAGGCCACCCAGGAGCAGGUGGAACUCUUCGGCCCCAUAAGCCUGGAGCAAGUGCGCUUCCCCAGCCCUGAGGACAUCCCCAGCGACAAGCAGCGCUUCUACACGAACCAGCUGCUGGACGUCCUGGACCGCGGGCUCAUCCUCCAGCUCCAGGGCCAGGACCUGUAUGCCAUCCGCCUGUGUCAGUGCAAGGUGUUCUGGAGCGGGCCUUGUGCCUCAGCCCAUGACUCAUGCCCAAACCCCAUCCAGCGGGAGGUCAAGACCAAGCUCUUCAGCCUGGAGCACUUUCUCAAUGAGCUCAUCCUGUUCCAGAAGGGGCAGACCAACACCCCACCACCCUUUGAGAUCUUCUUCUGCUUUGGGGAAGAAUGGCCUGACCGCAAACCCCGAGAGAAGAAGCUCAUUACUGUACAGGUGGUGCCUGUAGCAGCUCGAAUGCUGUUGGAGAUGUUCUCAGGGGAGCUAUCUUGGUCAGCAGAUAGCAUCCGGCUACAGAUCUCAAACCCAGACCUCAAAGACCGCAUGGUGGAGCAGUUCAAGGAGCUUCAUCACAUCUGGCAGUCUCAGCAGCGGUUGCAGCCUGUGGCCCAGGCCCCUCCUGGCGCAGGCCUUGGUGCUGGCCAGGGGCCCUGGACUAUGCACCCAGCUGGCAUGCAGUAACAAGGCUGCAGAUGGUGACUGGCCCUGGCUUCCUGGGUGGCUGUGCAGACUAAUUUGGAGGUAUGACAGCCCCGGUGAGCACUGCCUGGCUGCAGGGUCCCACCUCUGGGUUUCCUGGAAGUGGAUUUGGGCCAAGAAGGAGCAGGGAGAGAGGCCUGAGCCCCAGCUUCUCCCUCAAAGCUUUGCUUUGAGGGUUCUGUUUUCCUGUGCCCCUCUCCUGGGCUCUCUCUAGUCUGGUCAGCCUGGCUCCUGAGAAACUCAGCCAUGAGCAAGGAAGGAACGCCCCCCCACCCCCAACCCUCAGGCCUAGUUUACAGGAAGAAUUGCCUAAGGGUGGCCCACUCUUGUGAUUGCCCCAUUUCCUCUGGCAAAAAAGCCAAAGAGUGUUGUGGGCCAAGUCCCCCCGAAAGGCCUCUGCAGGGCAUGGCCCAGAUUUCCCUGGUUUGAGCCUCACUUCCUCAUCUUCCUCUCCUCUGAGAUAGACAUGAGUGACCACUUAGGUAUCACAUCAGAUGCUCAAGGCUGGCAGCUCCCCCUUUUCUUGAGAGUCCAAGAACCUGAGGUAGAAAGAAUUUUUAUGUAUUUUUGGAUUAAUAAAUGUUAAAAACAGA